UGCUGAAUAUCACCACCGCCAAAAAAAAAAAAAAAAAAAAUCUGGUAUCAGAAGGCCUUAGUGACCUAUGCUUUCAUGUAUGUCUGAUUCACAUUGCCCGUCUAUGAUUCUCAAGGCUUUGUAUGGUUCUUUUGCCCUGAAAAAUGUGACUUUUAUCACGCAAGUCUUCAUCACACACUACUUGCAUUUCCAGUUUUACAGCCUGCCUCUUUAAUCCUCGUGUGCUUUCCUUGACAUUUUAAGAAACUUUUAAUGGACAUAGUUUGCUUGCAAAAUAAAAUUGAAAAAAAAGUUAUAUUUUUAAAGUGGCUUUGUGGUGAGUAAGUCAUGCCAAGUGUAUGUUCUCCUUUUUGUUGAAGUACUUACAGUUGGUCUUGAGAUUCUAAAAUAAGAAUGGCAGUUUCAGAUGUAACUACUUCUAAAAUUUAAGAAAGAGCAAUAUAGCAGAGUUGGAUGGAACACAGACUUGUUCAAAAUGUCAGAAAAAGUAACUAAAGAGUACAUAAAAGCGAAAAUUCUGGCUUGAUGAAUUAGUUAUUUCAGUGUGUUCUAGCCUUGAAAAGUCAUCUACCACUUGGACAACUUUGUCCUGGGAAAACACACUUCAAAGGAGAAAGUGGUUGGAACAUACAGUUCACAAAGGAAGAAAAAAAAAUCUUUAAUAUUUCGUGGAUUUAAAAAUACUAAAUGUGCAGAUCAUCAGCCACAGAUCUUUUCUGGAAAGAAAUCACAGAUAAAUAAUUCAUGCCACAUAUUUUUAAAACAUAUAAAAUGGGGGAAUAAAAGGUCUUGUUAGUAGAACACAUACAGGCUGCAGGAUCCUGCUCUGCUAUUUGUCACUACCAAAUUAUACCUGAGCAAACCAGCACUGGUAUUUUUUAACCAUAUCAUUAUGAUUGUGUGGGCUUUGAUUACUAGACCUGAAAGGUGCCGGUACCAUCAUCAGAUGACUGAGUGUGUGAAUAAGUUUCUAGAAUAAUUGUGUGUGUUGUCAACCUUCUCCACUUAUGGGUGGUCACAGAAAUCCCUUUGUUCCAUGGUUCCUAACAGAACCCUGGUGCUGUUCUGGCUUCCACCCUUGUCCUUCCUGCACGGGCCCUGCCAAGAGGUGAAUCCUGAUUGGUUUCUCCAGGUUAUUGUGGUCUAUUCCCCACGCCAUUGAUUGGGGUGGCCCUGGGCAUGUGACAUACUUUUGCCAGUGACGUGAGGGGAAGUCUGUUGCAGGUACUUCUGGGAAGGGCUUCCCUGCUUCCAGUCGAGUAGAGAUCACAAGAUUUGCCCUUCUGCCUCUGCACGCUGGUGGAUAUGGCUGUGAUGGCUGGAAUUAUGGUCACCACAUUAUGACCCUGAGAGAAGCAAGCUAGGGAUAGGACAAAGACAGCAGGCUGCUGCGAACAAGGAGUUAGAAAGAUCUUCACUUCCGAGUGAUGCCUUUGAGUCACUGAUAUUCCAGCUCUUGAGCUGCCGUCCUCACACUGUGCAUUGUUACCAAGAAUGUGGAUAGGCUCUUUGGGGUAACCAGGGCUUUCUGUUACCUGCAGACAAGACACUUCCAUGGGUACAUGAAUUAUCCCAGAUAAAAACAAGAAAUAAUACAGUUCCAAAAGGAUAAAAGUUACCACGAUCGUGUGUCAUUUUUAUCGCAUGUAAGAGUGGCAUUCAGGCCGGUCAAUGGUGAGGCUUCUAUUCAUCAUAAGCCGUGCAGAAUGAGGAUACUUGUUUAUCACACCUAUGGAGGAAGACCCCCCCCCCCAAGGGGACUGCUGUUCUGGAGUAUUAAUGGCAAGUUCUAGCUAGGAUAUUAGUUUGGCUGCUUUAACAGAAAUUAAAACAAUAACAUUAAAAAGUUAGAAAUUGAUUUUUCUCUUCCAAAACACCUUGAGCUGAUAGGCAGUCAAGGAGAUGGGUAGCCUUGCCCCUGGGAGUCAUCCAGGAUUCUUCUCUGUCAUCCACUGGGAUAUUGUCCCUCAUCUGUAUACAGUGAUGUAAAUCUGGCUCUUCAUCAUACCUGGGUUUCAGAGCAUGGAAAGGAGGAAAAAAUAAAGCUCAGGGUGGCCUGAGACAGGCAGCAUCCUUUUGAUCUGGAACCAGUCAUAACUCGUUGGUCAGAAUUUGACUGUAUGUCCAUAACUAGUUGCAAAGGAGUCUGGGAAAUGUUAUCUCCAGCUGGGUAACCAGGUACUAUAUCGCACUAAAACACAAGAGGUUCUGUUUGUAAGGGGAAGGCAAGCAUAGACCCUUAGGAUGGUGAGAGGCAUCUGUCACAUGGGGCAUCUGCUACAGCGUAAAGGAAGAAAACAGCAAAGGCAGAGAGUGCCUGGUAUCAUUGUGCAGAGGUGAAGCCCAGGCCCUUGUACCAACUCUAACGUGUCCUCUUCAGAUCACUAAGGGCCUUGAACCAGGUGAUGUUUGAAACUCUUCAAAUUCUGACUUGCUCUGGUAUUGCCAGUGGGUAUUCUGUUGCUAGGGAGGGCAGGAAGCAGAGAUGGGAAGGAGGAGGGUCACAUCUCACAUGUGACUAAUGUGCGUUAAACUAUUAAGAGACAGCACUGCUGACACAAAGAGCUUAAUAGGAGUGAGUCUGUGCUGGGUGCCUUAACACGUUAUCCCCAGUAGUCCUUACACAACCUUUGAGAUGGGCCCUGUGAUUAUUCCCAUUUCCUAACGGGGAAACUGACUCAUUAAGGGGUAUAGCAGAGUUCUAGACUCAGCCAGCUGAACCCUGAGUCCACUCGUAUAAUUACCUGUGUGGGAAGGACAGGAUGAGGGAAUGAGCUGGGACUUUCAGGGUGUGGUCAGAUCGAAGCAGGUCCUGAGAGCAGGGUAAAGAGUCUGGGCCCCGAGCUACCCUUUCUCCAGGGCCUGCUUGGGGACCUGUUAAGAGACAGCGUUCACCAGCACAACUAGUCCACACGUUCUUCCCUAGCGAGUGUCUGGGCUGGACAGUGUUACAUCACCUCACAAGAGGAGCCUCUUCAGGAGAAGAGCUCCCGGGAGAGAGCUUCCUGGGAAGGCCAGCUGGGGGCAGAGUGUAGUGUUCCAGGGGAGGCCCCCUUUGUGGCUCCCAAGCAUCCUAUAAAGACGUUACUGUUGCUGAGAGGGCCGGGGUGGGCCUGUUCCCACCAGCAUUCUCAAAGGCGGUCAGACACUGGGAAGGGACGGAGCCUGACCCUAGGGGCUCCGCUCACAGUGGGGCUGUCCCUCAAGUUGGCACCGCUUGCUGUCACCAGUCCUGGGAUUAGACCACUCCUGCUCUGGCCUUCAGAUCAUUUGGCUUGCAGGGGACAUAGAGGGGCUCCUGGGAAGUGGUGUUAAUCAGUGGUAAUGUGGUCUGGACCCGGUGAUGACAGGCCUCCUCGGGAGUCAGUGGGUCAGAUGGCCUGGGUAGAAGGAGCGACACCCUUACAGCCCACCUGCCCGUGCACGCCAAGCCACAGGCAAGGGCUCCUGGGCCACGCUCCAUGGGGCCUCUGAGCAACUGGCUUUCCCCAGCAUGGAGAAUCUCCAGAUGUGGCAGUCCUGGGUGACGCACUCAUCUCCCUCCUCUGCCUGGGUCCAAGGACACAACACUCCAACACCCCCACCAGCAGUCAGUGCAGCCUGACUUUAAUGCUGCCUUUUGGUUCAUUUUACUUUCAGAAUACAAUCCUGAAUUCACCAACGUCCUUUACUCUACUCCUCGAGGCCCAAUUCUGGCAUCACUGCUUCUGGGAAACCCAAACCUGGCCUCUUCCCCCGACCCCGUUUCAUAUGGCCUCAUGAUCCAUUUACGUUACUAACCAGACCAAGCUUUCUUAUUUUUAACUUUUUAAAACUUAAAGAAAAAACAAAACUGAACUUCUGACAUCCACAGAAACAGAAAGGAUCAUAGAAAGAACCCUCAGCUUCAAGAAUUGCCAGCAUUUUGCCUGUCUUAUUCCACCCAGGCUCCUCCUCACCCCGCUAAAUAUUUUAAAGCACUUCUAGGUCUUAUAUCAUUUCUCCUAUAAAUCCAUCCCCACAGUUCAGCUGUGAGCUCCAGGAUAGCCAAAGAGUGUGUCCUCUAUCCCGCGUCCUAUGUCCUUAGCACUUAGAAUGGUGCUUGACACCUCUUGGCGCUCAGGAAGUAUGUUAUUUUGAGUCAAAUGAAUGAAGAAAUUGCUUAGUCAAUCAAUCAAUCAGUUGGCUUCAAGUCCUAGGCUACUAAUUAGCUGGGGAACCUUGGAACAGAAAUAACUACUAUGAACUCACAGCGUCUCCACCCCAGGUACCUGUCCUGCUGCCUGAGAUUUCUAGGAGGCUCUGGAAGUCAUCCAUCUUCAUCAGACUUUAAGGUCAGCCACAUGGUUCUUCUCGGCUGGGCAUUUUCUACUGAGAGCAGUAAGCUGGUGGCUUUACUGGAGCCUGAUGGUCUAGGAUGGCCUCACUCACAGGCAGUGACAACUAAAGCCAAAGGAAAUCAGCAUAGCUGUUUGGUGGCUACACUGCCAGCCUCUGAAGUGGGAAAUCCCCUAAGGAGCUACAAGAAGAAAGUUGCCCGAAAGCCAGAUGUGGACCAGCUGCACAAGAAAUGUCUUCCUCUCCUACAGGAGGAAGGAAGCAGUAACAAAGUGAACAGAAAAGAAAACCGGCAACAGCUGUUAUCUCCGGAAAGCCUCCUGCAUGCUGGGAUGACACUUGGUUUGAGUUUGGUUCUAACAAUACCUGAAGGACUGGUUCCCGAUUUGAGGUGAAAUCAUGAAGAGAAAAUAGAACAAAUAAUAAUGCUUUUCCGUAAUCGCUUCUUGCUGCUGCUGGCCCUGGCUGCACUGCUGGCCUUCCUCAGCCUCAGCCUGCAGUUCUUCCACCUUAUCCCCAUAUCGGCAGCAAAGGAUGGAGCGAGCAGCAAGAGCCGGAAGAGGAUCCUGCCCGACCCAGUGACGGAGCCCCGGGUGACGGACCCGGUUUAUGAAGCCCUUCUGUACUGUAACAUCCCCAGUGUGGCGGAGCGCAGCAUGGAAGGUCACGCCCCACAUCAUUUUAAGCUGAUCUCGGUGCAGGUGUUGAUUCGCCAUGGGGACAGGUACCCCCUCUACGCUAUUCCCAAAACAAAGCGGCCAGAAAUUGACUGCACCCUGGUGGCUAACAGGAAACCAUAUCACCCCAAACUGGAAGCUUUCGUUAGUCACAUGGCAAAAGGAUCUGGAACCUCUUUUGAAAGCCCCUUGAAUUCCCUGCCUCUGUUCCCCAACCACCCUCUGUGUGAGAUGGGAGAGCUCACGCAGACAGGAGUCGUGCAGCAUUUGCAGAAUGGCCAGUUGCUGAGGGACAUCUACAUAAAGAAACACAAGCUCCUGCCGGUCGACUGGUCUGCAGACCAGGUUUACCUCGAGACCACUGGGAAGAGCCGCACCCUGCAGAGCGGGCUGGCCUUGCUCUAUGGCUUCCUCCCAGAUUUUGACUGGAAGAAGGUUUAUUUCAGGCACCAGCCCAGUGCCCUUUUCUGCUCUGGAAACUGUUACUGCCCACUGAGAAACCAGUAUCUGGAGAAGGAGCAGCGUCGUCAGUACCUCCUGCGGCUGAAGAACAGCCAGCUAGAGAGGACCUACGGGGAGAUGGCCAGGAUCCUGGACAUCCCCACCAAGCAGCUGCGGGCCGCCAACCCCAUAGACUCCUUGCUCUGCCACUUCUGCCACAACCUCAGCUUCCCCUGCACCAGAAGCGGGUGCAUCGACAUGGGGCACUUCAAGGCGAUCAAGAUGCAUCAGAUAGAGGAUGAGAAAGAGAGGCGUGAGAAGAAACUGUACCUCGGGUAUUCGCUGCUGGGCGCCCACCCGAUCCUGAAUCAAACUGUCAGCCGGAUGCAGCGUGCCGCUGAGGGGAGGAAAGAUGAGCUCUUCGCCCUCUACUCUGCUCACGAUGUCACUCUGUCGCCAGUUCUCAGUGCUUUGGGCCUUUCAGAAGCCAGGUUCCCAAGGUUUGCAGCCAGGCUGAUAUUUGAGCUCUGGCAAGACAGAGAAAAGCCCAGUGAACAUUCGAUCCGGGUUCUUUACAACGGAGUUGACGUCACAUUCCACACGUCCUUCUGCCAGGACCACCACAGGCGUUCCCCCAAGCCCAUGUGUCCUCUUGAGAACUUUGUCCGCUUUGUCAAAAGGGACAUGUUUGUGGCCCUGGAUAGCAGCAGUACUAAUUAUUACGAUGCAUGCCACAGGGAAGGCGUCUAAAGGGUACAUGAUACAGCACUGCAGAGCCUAUACCAAUACGGAAGGCAGGGAAGAGUCCACUUCUAAUUUUAUGUGUUGCUAAGCAUAUAAGAGUAUUGACUUUUAAAGGCCAAAAAUUAUGUUCGGAAGCCGUGUAGGUGGUUGGGGCUAAACAACAAGCGCAUAGCUGUAAUCUAGUACGUGAGUUUCUCGGUACAAAAUGGCCAGUUUAUAGAGAAAAGAAGGUACUUGAUCAUAGCCAAACUUGGCUUCCAAUGCCAGAAGAAUAUUCAUUACCCAGAGUUGCCAAGCCAAGUUCAUAUUCUUUUGGCCUGUCAUGGAACCAGCAAAACCUCAGCCAAAAUGUUCUUAAUCUUGAAUCUUUUUACCUUGUCCUUGUUCAGUGAAAAAUUUCCUGCAGUGAUUUAUCUAAAACAGAGGUCGGUAAUUUUUUUUCUGUGAGGGUCCACAAAGUAAAUAUUUCAGACAGUGUAGACGCCACUAUACAUGCACCUCCAGCACUUUGAGAACCAGUUAAAUACCAAGGAUUAUUCAGUGGCUCCUCCAAUAACAGCUGCUAGCAACACAGAAUAUAAUCUGCACCUGACACUACAACACAACUCAGUGGGGAAUAAACAUUUGAAUCAGACCGAAUCAUAGGAAUAUGAUUAGAAUAAUACUUGACGCUUAUGAUGAUUGUGGUACAAAACAGUUUUAAGUAGGUUUCCAAUAUUUGUCUGCUGUCGUCUAUUUGCUGUAUAUGCUGAAAUUUUUGUAUCCCAUUUAGUAUUUUUAUAGUCUAGGAAAAUAUUUUCUGAGAUAAGUUUUAGAUGUGCUUUUAUCCCUGUAUAGUAAUGCUCAAUUUCCUGUACCUGCUCGGUGGUUGGAAGGAGGCCAGAAGCUGAAUUCAGGUACUUGUUUCCAAGAAGACUAAGGAUGGCUCAUUCCUUUUGACAAGCCAUCAAAUUGGAUCGAUUUUUAAACCGUUUUCAUGUGUUUCACGUGGUAAAUUCCAAUUGAUUUUUAAUACAUUUUUAGAAGAACUUUGUUACUAGAUGGUUAAAUAAUAUUUCUAAGGUAUUUUAUAUAUUAGGAGCAAUUUAAUUAAAUCUGUGACUUCUGAAUGAAUGGUGCUAGUUCUCUCCAAGGAAACGUCAAACGUGCAAGUGAGAGCCUCCGGUGGCAGUGGCGUCCCCACCCCAUCUGUUCGUUUUUUUGUCCAGUGUUGCCUUGGGACGUGUCUGUUUCUAUAAAUAAAUUUUUGAAGAACACUUAUCCUGUA